AUGACUGACACUUUAGUUUCUCAACUGGGAUGGAUUGGCCUGGGAAACAUGGGUAGUGCCAUGGCGUCGAAUCUCCAAAACCAUCUGCAUUCUCAGAGCCAACCACCACUAAAGUUCUGGAAUCGCACAACCUCCAAAGGCAAAACCCUGACAAAGAUUGGAGGGAUCAAAUGCGACUCCAUAACUGACAUAGUCAGGGACAGUACGAUAAUCUUCAUCUCGAUCAAUAACGAUGAGGUGUUGCAGGAUAUGAUUACGCAGAUCAUUUCUGUAGGAGACCUGACUGACAAGAUUAUCGUGGAUACGACGACUGUGCAUCCGGAUACGAGUAAGGAGGUCUCCGGGCAGCUGGCACGAGAAAAUGCCUUUUUGGUAUCAGGUCCUGUAUUUGGCUCAGCUCAAAUGGCUGCAGAGCGGAAAAUAUUGAUGGUUGCUGCGGGUCCUGAAUGCGCGAUACAUCGAAUCUCCCCUUACAUCAAAGGUGUGAUCGCACGAGAUAUGAUUGAGGUGGCCCAACAGCCAGAAAAAGCAGCCUUGUUGAAGAUCAUCGGAAGAAACUUCCUCGUCUCGGGCUUGACAGAGCUUAUCGGCGAAGCACAAGUCUUUGCGGAGAAGAGCAAUUUGGGGUGUGAGGUGGUCGAAAAGCUGUUAGAAGCUCAAUUUGGACCCCUUCCAGUCAUGAUCUCGAAGAGAUUGACACAGGGAGUGUACAUUCCGCCUAAAGACACAUCUCCAUGGUCAAAUUUGGAUCUGGCUCUAAAAGAUACUGGCCACGCCAUUGAUUGUGCCGCUGCGGUGGAGACCAGAUUGCCUGUCGGUGAAGUCAUUCUAGACCACCUUCAACGAGCCAAAGUCUAUUCCAAGGAGCAGGAUCGACAAUUAGACUCGGCUGCAUCGUACGGUAUCAUCCGUCAGGAUGCAGGUCUGGAAUUUGAGAAUGAUUUUGUGAAAAACAGAGAUUCUUAG